CAGACGUUACAGGAGCUGUGCAAGGCACUGGAAGCGAGUGACGAUGACACCGUGGUCGCCCUCGUGCAAGCAUGGCCUCGCCUCUACAACCGCUUGUCGAUGGACUCGAACCGCAGGAUACGGGAGCUCACGCAGCGAGCUUGGAGCAUCAUGGUCGAUCGCGCCCAAAAGAAGAUCUUGCCGGCCCUCAAACCCAUCAUGGGAGCGUGGCUGUGCGCCAUGCGCGAUACGCAUGCGGAAGCGGCCAACCUGGCGACGCGCGCCUUUGAGACGGCGUUCCCCGAGGACAAGCGCACCAAGAGCAUCGUCUUCUGCCAGCAUGACAUCCUGCUGGCGCUGACGCACAACAUCAUGGAGGUGACGCUCGAGUCGCUGCGUGCGGCGGGCACAGGUGAGGACGACGUGGAGCUGACGGAGAAGUUGGAACGUAUCCAGGCGACGUCUGUCAUGGCCCUCCACCACCUCAUCACAACCCUCCCACUCAAGUCCCUGAUGGAGGAGGAAGAUGCUUACAUGUCUCUUCUUCGCGCUUCCCGCUUGUGGAAGCUCUCAAAGGCAACAAAACCCCUCGUCCACCGGGCGGUGUGCGACCUGGCGUGUGCGGUGCUGACGGAGCACCGGGUGUGGGUGGACGGACUGGAGAAGCGCAUCCUCUCGGCUUGCAUCAAGGGCAUGACUGCUGCAAACCCGACCACCGUCGCCGCCUCCCUCUUGCUCGUCUUCACCAUGUCAAAGACGCCAGACGUGCUGUGGCCAAACGUGAAUGUGCUGGCAGAUGUCAUAGCCCCCAUCUGCGUGAUGCUAAACGAUGGUGGCGGUCCGGCCCACCACACCCUCUUCCCACUCCUCCCAAAGAUCGUCGCUGCGCUCCCAGAUAGUGUGCAGGGCGACACGAAGCUUGAGGUUUUGUCUGCAAUCAGCAGCGCCGUCACGUCGCCAUCUGUUGCCAUGCAGCCGCGGCGGUUCGAUCUCUGGCUCGCGGCGUUUGCAGACACGCUCGCCCUCCUCAGAGACGACCCCACACUCGCCUCCAGUCAUGAGGUGAUCGAAGAGGCCGCCCGCUCCGCCCUCGCCCACGUGCUCACACAGCACCAGCUGCAGCCGCAGCUUGGGCGGCUGCUGACGGCAUUGGCAGAGACGGCGCUGGUAGAGGACGCAUACGUCCGCGUCGUGCAACAGCUGCGAGAUCAGGUUGUUCAACAGUGGUGCACACUCAUCACGCCACCAGCGUCAUCAUCAUCAUCAUCAUCAUCAUCAUCAUCAUCAUCAUCAUCGUCAUCAUCAACCACACGUGCGGCGGUGGUGGCGGCGGCGUCUCCGCUGGUGUCUGCGCUCGGGCGGAUUUCGGAUCAGGCCGUGCAUGAGGCCGUGCAGCACGUGGCAGCAACAACAGCCGCUGCUAUGGCGGUCGCAGGCAUGAAGGCAGAUACCCUCCAGCAACAGCAGCAAGGCAGUGAAGAGACAACACCACCGUCCUCAUCGACAAUGCUCAAGGCCGUGAUGACCGCACGGCUGGUGUUGGCGUGCCGCCUCACCACUCUUGCAACAAACGGUGAUGGCGGUGCAGACGACACGGCUGCAGUCGUUCACGUGCUGCUUGCGCUACUGCGGCAGGCUGUCGAUGCUCUCGCUGGCAACUGCGAUGACACCGAUGACACCGAUAACAACGGUGGCAAUGCUGACGGCAGUGGCGAUGGCGGUGCCACGACUGCGCCCGUCUCUGCUGCCACGGUGCGAGACGACGUGCGGGAUCUCCUCGCCGCUGCUCUUCAGCUCAACUGCGACGCGACGAGCGACGCCGUCCACGCACUGCUGCUGCACAUGGCCGCACAGCUGCAGCUCACACACGUCGCCGUGGCUGCAGAGGCCAUGGCUGCGUGUACAAACGUGGCGCAGUGGGUGCGCGGGCUGCCGAAUCCGCUCACGGCGCGAAUUGUCCAGCUCGCAUCUGCACUCAUCUCGGAUGACGCACAGGCAGCAAUGCUCAUCACAGCCAGCAGCAGCAGCGGCCGUCGCCACCACCAGCAGCAGCAGCAGAGGCAGCGGCGGCCGCGGCGCUGCAGUGAUACCACUGAUUCGGGUGCUGGCGAGGGCGGGCCACAGCGGCGGCAGUGGCGUCAGGAGGAGCGGACGGGGCUGGGCAGCGUGAACCCUAGCACCGGAGCUGCUGCCUGCGACGGCCCCGAUGACUUGCUGUCGUUUCUCCUCUCCCAUCGCACGGUUGGUGGCCGUGCCGUGGUGGCCGUCCCAGACAGCGCCUGCGCUGAGCUCGUGGCUGCCAUCCGCGCCCGCCUGAUGCUGCUGCGGUACUUGCACGCAGACACCACCAGCAGCACCGCCACUGCCUCCAGCUGGCUGGUGGCUGCACUGCCUUCGCUGCUGACGGCGGUGAUGACGCGUCUCACGUCCUCGCCAGCCGGUGCGGCGGAUCUGCGCGUCGUGGAGGAGGUGGCGGCCACCGUCGCCCGCAUGCUCGAUGCCGUCAACGUCAACGAAGCAGGUGUGCUCACAGAGACCAUCCUGCCAUCCUGCGUCGCCGUCGCUGCUGCAGGUGGUGCUGCUGCAUCCGUCGUGUCAGCAGAAGCACCCUCAACAACGACAACAACGACAACAGCGACGAGCACACCGUCGUCGUCGACAACAUCGUCAGCAGUGCCUGUGCAUGAGGUGAUGCCGUUCAUCCGCCGCGCGUGUCUGGACGGUCUUGCCAGCACCCUCACCGGCGACAGCGUUGCUGCAGGCGGCGUGUGGACACACGAGCGACUGGAUGGCUUCAACUCGCACCUACAGAUGCUGGAGGCCCUUGGGUGCUUUGACGACCACGCCGACGUUGACGACAGCCGCGUGUGCGCUUUCAUCACAAACCUGCCGCAGUUGCGUCAGCCGCUGCAUGCGGCCCACGCGCGUAUUGCGUCACUGCCACCACGCGCCACGCUUGCCGUGGAGUCUGGGCUGACGUUUGCCGGCUGCGAGCUCGGGCAGGACGCUGACACAUACGCACCCGCGCAGUGGCGAGCGAUGGCAGGCGGAGUGAAGAAAAAGGCGGCGGCCGCAUAUGGCGCAGAGGAGCAGCAGCACGCGCUCAUCAACACGAUCCAGGCGUGGGUGUCACUGCUGACGUGUACACCGCUGCAGGUCGUGUGGCAGCACCAUCCUGAUACGCACAUGCGCUGCUUGUACACUGCGCUAAUGGCGACAGAGGCAGCACAGGCGGUGCUGGCCGGGGAAGCGGCCGUGCACGCGCCCAUCUCGCACACCCUCGCAGACUGCAUGGACGCACUUGUGGAGACGACGCUGACGCUGGAUGGAACACACAUGCAGCAACUGGUGGCCACGCUGGCAAGGCGGGCAGUGGCCGGAGUGAAGGGAACAAGUGGCGACACGGCGGACGCUGAUGGCCACGAUGACAAGGACACCAACCAGGAUGAUGGUGAUGACGACGAUGAUGACGAUGGUGAUGAUGACGAUGAUGAUGAGGAGACGCCUGGUUUGUCAUCAGAGUUGUUGGUGCUGUCUACGAUCUUGUCUGCAUCGACCCACCAGGAUCACGACCAUUCACAUGUUGAUGAUAAUGGCGAUGCCAACGGUGAUGAACACGAGCACGGUGCUGGUGCUGAUGUGAGCGAGUGGCUGUACGUGGACGGUUCGCCUGAGCAAUCGCUCUCUGGCGGUCGAACACGUCUGAUCCAGACGCUGCUGACCACAUUCGACGCCGCCGCUGCCGACAUGAAGAGGAUACGGAACAGCGUUACCCACGCGCUGGAGAUGCUGACAGCACCCGCGGAUCGUGCUGACGGUGACGUGCACGACAGCGAUGACGGCAGCGACGACGAUGACGACGAGGACGAUUUGACGCGAACGGUGUAUCCGCUUGCUGCCGCCAUCUCGUACGCCAACACGCUGUGCCAACUGGAGUUCCUGCAACAGCAGACAGUCGACCACGACAAGAUGGCCAAGAUGAGCAUGGCGGGCCGCCGGGCGUUUGAGCGCCAGCAGCAGCUCAACGCCAUCUUCGGCUGCGCGUCCGCCAGCACCUGGCAACUUCUCCAGAGGAUCAUCGCCGUCUUUGAACAGUGGGAGGCUGCGGACGCCGAGCUUCUUGAUUUGGAGGAUUUUGAGCCGGAAGAGCUGCCGCGCGAACAAGAGCGCAGGAAACUGGCAAUCUGUACCGAAUACGCCAAGCUGUGCCACGUGAUUGUGGACUCGUGUGCGCGGCAUCUGUCCUCGGAGCAGUGGGAGCUGAUGCUGUGCCGUCUUGUCGAGUGGAUGCAGAUCCCCGUGUCCUGCGGAUACACGGCUGCUCUCGCCUGCGCAGCGACACAGGCCUGCACCGCCAUCGCUGCGCUCAUGACCAGGCUCGCCCAGGCUGGGAGCGUUGCGCCAAACUUGAGCCCGGUCCUGGCCAAGAUCUUGCCGGAGUGGCAGAACUUCUUCGUGCCGCAGAUUGCCGUCGCCCUCAUCACCGCCAUCCAGCAAGCAGGACACAUAUUGGAUGUGCAAGCACCGCAGUAUGCGCUGACCAAAAUCCUCGCCUCGGAUGUUGCCACGCUGUGUCCAGACAAGUUUAUGCACGAGCAUGCGCGCAUGUCUGCUGUUGUGCCGCUGCUGUAUCACGGCGAGAGCGCUGUCCGCGGUACUGCUUUCUUCAUCCUCUGCCACCUCAUUGCCGGCGACAACGAAAACAAGGUGCAGUGCGGGCAGCGGCUCGGGGUGUCAGCGGCGCUGUGGCGGUCGUGGAUGUUGCAGCUGAGCAUGUACAUGACCAACCAGAACGGCAGCAUCCUGGAUGCCCUCAAGACGUGGAAACGAAACGUGGACAAGAAGUUUGAGGGCAUGGAGGAGUGCACCGUGUGCUUUUCCAUUGUGCACGGCACCAACUAUCAGCUUCCCACCAUCAAAUGCCCCACGUGCCGGAAGCUGUUCCACGCCGACUGCAUUGCGCGCUGGUUCAGCAGCAGCGGCAACAACACCUGCCCCAUGUGCAGGUCGCUGAUGUGAAGACAUGGGGGGGGGGGGAGAGAUUGAUUGAUGCGACGAGGGAGGAGUUGUCAGAACGCGGACACGAACGCAACAACGCAUUCGGGACACCUGGUGAUGAUGUCAUUCAAGUCCAAUUAAACAAGUCAAACAUGAA